GACAGUAAUGGGCAGGAGCUCGCUUUGGGCCUCUUAGAGUACGACUGGCCCUCAGCCCGGUUGGUGACGCAGAUCGCCGCUAUCUUGCUGGAGGAGCAGUUGGGCUACCACGUGUCCUUUGAGUACCGUACUUCCAGCUUCAUCGAGUCUUUGCGCCAGCUUGCCGGAUGUGCAGAGGGUCAAGGCACUGGUAUUCUGGGACCUGGUCCUGACGGUGUCCCACGAACCGUCCAAGGUGACGUUGUGAGGCCAUGCUCCGCCGAAGUGCGCUGCCAUGUGGCCUUGGACAGCCCUGUCGGAAGAAACGAGUUUACGCAACUGGCCUUCCGGGCAGCAACGCCGUUCACGUCGCCUGAAGAUGUGGGGAGCAUGGGCUACUUCAGUGAGCAGAACCUCGCAGUGUCCUCUGCGAUCCACGCUGCUGCCUAUGAGGACAGCGGGUUGGCCCUGGAUUACUAUCUGACCUACAACCAGAGCCUGAUGAACAAGUACAAGCCACUCUUUAAACCCACGGCCUACUUCGACGAGCUCUCUGGGGUCGACCGCGCCGAGAUUUUCGAGUGCACAGACGCGGGACUCGAGUUCACCGAUCCGAUCAAGAUGGCGGCCUACGUGAACUGGACCGGCGACGAG